CCACCCCACCCCAGUACCCCUUACCUUUUUAAACUCAAAAACUUUCUCCUCCCAUUACUAUCUCCUCUUUCUUUUCCAUAACACACAUAAUUUCACUUCCAACAUAUAUUAUAUCUAUACACACAAUUCUAUAUUAUUUUUUUAUUGAAGAAUAUUACCUUUAGCCUUUAGGGAAGAAAUUUUUUUCAAGAAAGAAUCAACCCAUUUUUGGAAACAUAAUUUCAAACGAGAAAAAGGAAGAAUUUUUGGUGAAUUUGGAGAGUAAAGUUUGUAGAUAAUAAAGAUUCUUCUCCUGUUUUUUUUGUUGGUGUUAUUUAUAGGUAAUGCAUCAGAAGACAUCUGAAGUGCAAAUUGGAAAAGAAAGCAUUUGCUGCAUCUCUUCCGAUUUCAAUCCUACAGCGCCCCUUGUUUCUUCUUCAUCUUCUCUUCAUCCGAAACACCCUUCAAAUUCCCAUAAUUUCAACUCUGGUCCCCAACAUUUGAUUUUCUCAUCUUCUGUGUCACCUUCUUCUUCACCUGGAUAUCAGGAUCAUACUGCUAUUCAAAUUUUCAUUGAUAAUGAUAAUAAUGACGCAAUUUCCCCUACCCCCACCACCACCCCUACCACCAAAACCACCCCACAUAAAAGACCCCUUUUGGGAGUUUCAUCAAACAACCCUUCAAAAUCUCUCAUAAAGACUCCAACUUUAUCCAAUUCUCUUCACAAAUAUCAAUUUUCCUCUGUAAAGGGUCAACACCCAUGUAGAAACUUGAGCAAUUUCCAUUUCUACCCCUGCCAUAUUCGGCUCAUACUCUUUUUUUCUCUUCUGUUCUUCUAUUUCUUGGUUUCACGUCCAAAAACUUCUUUCUUUUUGGAUUUUCUUUCUUCUUUUGCUUUUUCAGCAGCCCUUUUGUUUACACUGAAUUUAGCACUUCCAAGAUUCCCCUCGAUUCGUUUAUUCUUGGCUAAGUCUUUGCUUCCAAUUAAGGUUUUUUCAUCAAAACAAGUGUCCAAGAAUGCUUUACCAGUGUUUUGGUCAAUAGGGUCAAGGCCAAGAAUUGAUAAAAAGGUAAAUACUUCAGGUUGUUAUGUGCAGGCAUACAGUAACGGAGAUGUGUUUGAGGGGGAGUUUCAUAAAGGGAAGUGUAGUGGAAGUGGAGUUUAUUACUACUACAUGAGUGGGAGAUAUGAAGGGGAUUGGGUUGAUGGGAAGUAUGAUGGUUAUGGGGUUGAAACAUGGGCAAGGGGGAGCAGAUAUAGGGGACAAUAUAGGCAAGGACUUAGGCAUGGAUUUGGGGUUUAUAGGUUUUAUACAGGUGAUGUAUAUGCUGGGGAAUGGUCUAAUGGACAAAGUCAUGGGUGUGGAGUUCAUACUUGUGAGGAUGGGAGCAGGUAUGUUGGUGAAUUCAAGUGGGGAGUUAAGCAUGGCCUUGGACAUUACCACUUCAGCUGUUUGCCUAUAGGGAAAUGUGGUGCAUUUUUGGCGUGUGGGCAUCUAUACGAGGAACUCGGGAGCAAAGGCGGAGACAAGAAGUUGUACCGAUUGGCCAAGGUGAGGGAGAGGAAGGCCCGUGACUUGGACCACGUGAAGUGUAUUAAAGACGAGGACGGCAAAGUUUUGAUGGACAAGGCACAUAUUAGACGCAGAUGGUAGACGUACUUCCAUAGACUGUUGAACGAGGAGGGGGACAGAAGUAUUGUGCUGGGUGAAUUGGAGCACUCUGAGAGUUGGCGAGAUUUUGGAUUUUGUAGGCGUAUUAAGGUGGAUGAGCUGGAAGGGGCCAUUCGCAAGAUGUGUAGGGGCAGAGCGAUGGGGCCAAACGAAAUCCCAGUGGAGUUUUGGAAGAACGCAGGUCGAGCAGGCUUGGAGUGGCUCAAUGGGUUGUUUAAUGUCAUUUUUAAGACACAAAAAGGAUCCCUGAGUAACGGAUGUGGAGUACGAUGGUUCCGUUAUACAAGAACAAAGGUGAUAUCCAAAAUUGCAACAAUUAUAGGGGUAUAAAGCUGUUGAGCCACAUUAUGAAAAUUUGGGAGAGGGUGGUGGAAGUCAGGAUCAUGAGUGCGUCUAUUUCCGAGAACCAGUUCGGAUUCAUGCCAAGUGCUCGACUACGGAAGCUAUUCAUUUGGUGUGGAGAUUAGUGGAGCAAUAUAGGGAAAGAAAAAAGGACUUGCACAUGGUGUUUAUCGACCUUGAAAAGCGUACGAUUGAGUGCCGAGGGAAGUUUUAUGGAGGUGUCUGGAGGUUAGCGGUGUUUCGGUAGCGUACACUAGGGUGAUUAAGGAUUAUGUACGAUGGUGCCAAAACUCGGGUGAGGACUGUGGGAGGGGAUUCGGAGCACUUUCCAGUUGUGAUGGGGCUGCACCAAGGAUCGACUCUUAGCCCGUUUUUAUUUGCCUUGACAAUGGAUGUGCUGACGUGGCACAUACAGGGAGAAGUGCCAUGGUGCAUGCUAUUUGCCAAUGAUAUAGUGUUGAUCGACGAGACGCGAAGCGGGGUCAACACAAGGUUGGAGGUUUGGAGGCAGACCUUGGAGUCUAAAGGUUUCAAGUUGAGCAGGACUAAGACAGAAUACUUAGAGUGCAAAUUCGGUGACGGUGCUCAUGAGUCACACGUGGAUGUAAAGCUUGAUACUCAAGUUAUCCCCAAGAAAGGUAGUUUCAAGUAUCUCGGGUCUAUUAUCCAAGGUAACAGGGAGAUUGACGAGGA